ACCCGUUCAACGCUGAAACGAGGCGUUCGGCGGCUCCUCCGAACUCACGUCGUUUUGGUCUCGCCAUGGGGGACGACCGGCACCGGGUUCCCGAGGGCAGCUCUGCAAGGAUGGAACACGCGGCCUAUGGCAGGUAUCCUCUGCUCAUCAAGAUCCCUCGCGCCGAGAUGCAUGGGAGCACCGUUGGGUUUCGGCACACGGAGUACAUCAUCGAGGUGGACGACUGCGGAAAGGUCUACACGCGCUCGCGGAGGUACACCAUGUUCGCAUGGCUUCACGCGGAACUCCGCCACCGAGAACUGGCUUGCGCCCUGCCGGAGCUGCCGCCGAAGAAGGUCUUGGGCAACCGCGAAUCUGCCUUUGUGGAGCGAAGAAAGCAGAUGCUGGAGGACUAUCUGAAGGCCUUGCUGAUGUUGCCCGCAGUCAUUCAGGACGGCAUGAUUUGGGCCUUCCUAGAUGCUGAUGAAGCCACAGCUGUGGUGCCGAGGUUCCUGUGUCGCCCGGCCACGCACCAAGCGGCCGAGAAGUGCUUGAGCGCGCUGAAGCGCGCCGUGGCGGAGAAGCAGGGCGAGGUCUUCCGCCUUUGCGAUGCCACGGUGCUGGAGGAGCUGUCUCAGGCUGCGAGGGCCGAGGCUGCCGAGCCCGUGGUGAUGGGCCAGCAGAUGCAGGUGCGGUUGAAGAACCGUUCCAAGCUCUGCUACAUCCUGUUCCAGGUGAUUUGUUACGACCGGGCUCGGCACAAGCUCGUGCAGUCAGACGUGCUUGGCGCCUUACUGGCCUUACUGUGCCGGGCCGCGGAGGAUGAGGUUGAGCUGGGUGCUGGUGCGGAUCAGCACAACAGCUUUUGGGCCACGAAGUGUGUGAAGUCCCUGAUCCAGGAAACAAAUGGAGAAGCGCUCUUGUUCUUUUGCCAGCAGGAGGGCGCCGUGAACUCCCUCCGCGCACUGGCCACUGCACAGGUCGAAGCGUUGCACUCGGUCUGCGCCUGGGUCUUGUGGUUCGGGCUGCGCUGCCCGGGCGUGGUCACGGCUCUGGCGGGAGCUGGAGGGACGCGGGGACUCUUCCUGCUGGGAGAUCUCCUGAAGUCGCCGGAGCUUUGUGCACGGGUCCUAGCGCGGCUGUGCAUCGGAUGGAUCGUGCGCCAAGAAGGUGCCUUAGAUACAGAUGCCCGAGAGUAUUGCCUGCAGGCCUUGGCGCCGCUGUGUGCGGAGCUGGACACGGUGGAGCUGCUGGCGAUCCGCAAGGCCUUGGAGUCAGGUUCCAAGGAGAAGUCCUUCUCCCCGGUGAAGAUCAUCCAAAGGGACGAGCUUUGGGACUGCGAUCUCUGGAGCUUCCUCGACGGCAGGAGCUUAGAUGCCUUUGACCUUCGCGAUAGGCAUGGUCAAGUGAUCCCUUUGGCGAAGCACGCUCCGGAAGCCGACCAGUUCCCCCUGCAGAUGGUGCUCAGAGAGGAGGCAGGCACUGGUGGCGCUGCUGGAGCCUCCGCAGUCUCCCUGGCCGAGUCGGCGCGCACGGAGCGAGGCUCUGUGGCCUCCUUGGAGCGCCGCGGCAGCGCCGGCACCUUGGCGCCCGGUGUGCCAGGCUCCUCCGAGAACUUGGAGGCUCCCAGCGUCGAGAAGCUCGAGUUGCUGCGCGAUCCGGCGUUGGUGAAAAUGUUGACGGAAGUGUGCGGCCGCAAGGAAUUGUCACGACUGCAAGUGCUGCUGACGCCGCCGGAGGAUGGCGAGUUGGAUACUGUCACGGCCUGUGUGGUCGCGAUCUUGGAUCAUUACGUGCUGCAGAGCGAAGAAAAGGAGGGCCAAGAGCCCGACGUGCAGGCGAAGCGCGGCAGCAAGGUGACCUUUCGAGAGUUGGUCGCCGGAGCACAAGCACGGCCGGAGGCACGCUUGCCCGAGCUGCAGCCCUUAAUCCCCGCCUUGGAGCGCCUCGUGAAGGCGCCCUGCGAGGGCAUGGUCCGCGGGGGCGUGGGCGGCGCUGCUGCCGACGAGGCGCCCAACGCCCAGGUCUCCGUCGAAGAGGUGCGCGUGCGCGCGGCGCGGAUCUUGGUGCGAAUCAAGGGCGCCUUGGUGGGCGCGGCCGAGGCAGCUGCCGGCAGUAGUUCACUGAUCGACUUGGGCUCCCGCGCGCACAUCCUCGAGGUCUUGAUGCGGGAUUCCGAGAACUCCCAGGCCAAUGCCUUGGACCGCGUGGCACAGACGCGAGAGAAGUGUGAAACGCAGCGUGCGCACAUCGUCUCGGGCGCCCUGUGCGAGGACCCCUGUGUGCGAGAGAAGGACCUGCAGGCCUUUAAGCAGAAGCUCCGGGAUCUCACCCAGGGGCGCAACAUCCUCCGCUACGAGGUGGACAACUUGAAAGAGGACCUGGAGGCCAUGGAGGUGCGAUUACAGCAGCGGUGCAUCAAGCACGGUUUGCUGGCGCGCGACGUCCAGGAGCUCUGCCUUGAUGUGGAUCAGAAGGAGGGCGAGUUCUCGGGGUGCGCAGAAGUCCUCUCUGAGCUACAGCAGUGUGAAGCACAACAUCAGCAGCACUUGGGGCAGGUGGAGCAGCUCAAGGCGCGGCUCCGAGAAGCGGAGGCCAAGGUGGAAGGGUCCAGCAAGAAGGAGGCGGAGGCCAAGGCCAAAGCAGAAGCCUUGCGGAAGCAGGAGGCCGAAUGGACGGAGUUCUGCCACACGGCCCCUGCGAAGUUGGAGCGUUGCCAGUGCCGCUUGGUGGACGUCUCCCAGCAGCGGCAGUCGCUGGGCAAACGCCGUGUGGAGCUGGCCACGGAGGUGGACCGCAGCCUGCUGCGGCGCCGGGCACUGGAGGAACAGCUGACGGAAGUGGAACACGCGCUGAAGGUCUGCGGUGCCGUAGGCCGAGAGUUGGAGGCCUUGAAGCCCGACAUCAGCUCAGAGCUCAUCAUGACAGACGCCGAGGUGGACAAGCUCAAGGCUCUCGCCGCCAAGCUUCAGCCGGCCAAGCCCGCGCGGCUCCGACGGUCCUCCUUCAGCGUCGCUGCCUCGUCCAGCGGGGAGGUCGAAGAGACCCCACUCGACCAUGAGGCUUGGUGCUUGGACCACGCUCCGCAAUGGGAUGAUGUGGGUGAGCAGGACUUCCAGCAGAACCUGCAUUUCCGGGCGCUGCGCAACUGGCGAGACCAGAGAGAGCGGCUUUGGAUGGAGGAAGACAGAUGGCUCAAGGAGACGCUGCAGCGCGCGGACGAGAGCGCGACGAAGCUCCGGGAACAGUGCAACGAGGCCGAGACCUUGGAGCGUCAGAUGACCUCCGAAGAGGAUGAGCUGCAGAAGGAGCUGGGCACACUCAACGAUCCAGAGGGCCACAGCAAGCGGCUGAUGGAUGCCAGAGUCGCAUCUGCCGCCGCCCUGCACGAGCACGAGGAGUUGCACACUGCCUGGGCCGAGGCGUCGGGGGCCAAGGAGCUGGUGAAGGAGCAGCUCAAGCAGGCCGAGGAGGAUGUGACAGAGGUGCUCCCGCGGCUGAAGGCGGCGCAGGCCCGUGCCACGGACAACGAAGAGGCCACGAAGAAGGUGAGGCAGGAGUUGCAAGCACGCUUCCAAGACUUGGAAAAGCGCGCCCGCGAGUUUCUGCAGGAGUGGAGAACCUUGGAAAAGAAGGAGCAAUCCCUGGUGCUGCGCCAGGACCGAGUGGACCAGAGCUUGCGGAACGAGGCCGACGGCCGCCAGGGUCUUCGUGCUGAGGUCCAUCAGCUCAUUGACAUGCUGCAGCUCUUGGACCGUCAGCUGCUUCAGCCCGAGGCCAAGUGAGCCAUCAGCCAGAUGUGUGGGGAGAGGAAGUGGCAAAAAAGACCUAGCUAGCGGGAUGACUGAAAAGAAGUCAGGUCCCAAAUCAUGUUUUGGGAUUCACCGCUGGUGCAAUCAUCAAUCUCUCCCCACCUGUGAAUCUCCAAAGGAGGCACCAGUUAAGCCCUUGCGACCGCCCGGGCGGCCGCUGUAGAGCUUUCUGACCGCUCGGGGCGGGGCGUCGGGGCCUUCAGCGGUCGUGGUGGCGGGGCCGAAGGGACCGAUGACGUGCAGCUGGGGACAUGUCCGAGGGCUCGUGGCACUUGGCCCGAGACAGUGGCCAUGUUCGAAAAGGCGGCGAUGCCGGCGCGCCGGCGGCUUGGGGGCGUCGAAAGA